AAAGAAUAAAAAAGUCACUCAACGACAACCCGGUGCUGUCGUUCUGGUGACUGCUGAGUGUAUUCACACCAUUUUUAAAAAAUUUCUCAAAAUAAUAGAUAGAUCACCCCUUCCGUUUGUUUAUCCGAUCAGGGUUCCACUAAUCUGAAAGUACACACACAAUGGCUGCUCCGCCCGCUAGACCUCGAGCCGAUUACGAUUACCUUAUCAAGCUUCUUUUGAUCGGUGACAGCGGUGUGGGUAAGAGUUGCCUCCUUUUACGAUUCUCAGAUGGUUCUUUCACCACUAGUUUUAUUACAACCAUUGGUAUUGAUUUUAAGAUAAGAACAAUUGAGAUGGACGGAAAACGAAUUAAACUGCAAAUCUGGGAUACUGCGGGUCAGGAACGGUUCAGAACAAUUACUACUGCUUAUUACCGUGGAGCCAUGGGUAUUUUGCUGGUGUAUGAUGUAACUGAUGAAUCUUCCUUCAACAAUAUCAGGAACUGGAUCCGUAACAUUGAACAACAUGCUUCUGAUAAUGUAAACAAGAUCCUGGUGGGCAACAAGGCUGACAUGGAUGAAAGCAAAAGGGCUGUUCCCACCUCAAAGGGGCAGGCACUUGCUGAUGAAUAUGGCAUUAAGUUCUUCGAGGCUAGUGCAAAGACGAAUAUGAAUGUAGAAGAGGUUUUCUUUUCAAUUGCCAAGGAUAUAAAGCAAAGACUUGCUGAAACUGAUUCAAAGACCGAGCCGCAAACUAUUAAGAUCAACCAACAAGAGCAGGGAGCAGGGACCUCUGCAGCUUCACAAAAAUCAGCUUGCUGUGGUUCUUAAUAGAUAUUCAUCUUGUGGUGAAAAGUUGAUUACUGUGGUAUACUAGAGAAGAAAGUUGAAUACCGCGGUGGUAAGGAUAUUUUGUUUUGUUUUGAUUGCUUGUAUUGUUCGCACUAGAACCAUAAUUAUUACAAAGUUGUGUUUGAGCAAUAGUUCCUAUUUUAAGAAUCAAACAGUAUAGGAGUUUUACUUGUUUAGUUCAUUAUACUGUAUGUCCUUGCAGUGUGCAAGUAGGCAGCCUCUUCUUUGUUCACUGUGUUUCAUGAUAUUGUCAUGAAUACUUUUAGUGCCCUUUCAUAUAUUACUCUCUUGCACUUCCA